AUGAUUGAGGUAUCAACUUCGAGGAAGUGUGGCAGGAAUACCCCUUCAGAGGUGGAGUCGGCUAAUUCUAGAAACUUCGGCACAGUGUCUUCUGCACUUGAAUCAUGCCCACAUACUUAUGGUUGCAUAAUCCUCCAGCAGUGGUUUGGACUGACUUGUUAUGGCCAGAAGUUUGAGGAAGGAGCCCUUCUUGAACCUAAUCAUCCGAAUACAUACGAAUUCCUGGUAAAUUUAGAACAAGGCGCCAGCAACUUUAAAUCGAAGUCGAUGACAUCCAAAAUGAUCUCACUCGCAGGUUUGCUACCGAUCAAAUAUCACUCAACCGCCGAAAAGUGCAUUGAUGAAAGAUAUCGGCCUGUUGAACAGUCAAACAGACGACAACGUUUUGAAACUAUGAACCGACAAAUGUUAUCUGGUAUUGUAUGGACUCUGUGCCUCUUACAGAACUUUUAUGCACCGUUUAUUAAAAAGUCACUAUCAAAUCACAACCGAAAGGUAUAUAUUGAUUACUCAAAGUUGCAUUUAGAUAAACAGAUCAACUGCAAUUCAAAUGACAACUCUGACGGAGAGCUUUCACGACAAGAUGACCUAAUCAAAGUGAAUUCAACCACAUCAGCGAAAGGACAGAGUGUUCAUUCCCCGCAGUCAUUGUCGUUGGGUAGACGAGGUAUGCAAGACACUGAUAAGAUUUUCGUCUCCACGUGUAUUGUGAUUGGGCCUGAUGCACUGAUUAAUACAAGAGCUGGUAACAGUUUCGUGCCAGUCGCUCCAGAACUUGAUGAAUUUCGUUCUCCAAAUAUUCCGCCGGGCUGCACAGAAGCGUUACGAAAUACGGCCGGCCCGACACCAAAUCCGUGCAGUGCAAUCCGCAUAAUAAGACAUCCAUCCACCAGAAAACCAUGUGAAGUUCAGAUGCAACGUCACUGCUGCCUCUGCUGUCAUUGUAAUAUGAUGAACCUACAGACUUUCGACCCAGUUGAACACUCUUCAGGAAAUCGUGGGCUCACGGAAGAGCACGAUCGAAAUCGGGUUGAAAAUUUACGUAUGGCGGAUACCAGAGAAAAAGGAAGUGCGGUCGCUUCACCAUAUCACCUUUGGGGUAAAACUGAGCUUCAUAAUAGGGAGCAGACUGAAAGCAAGAUUAGUAGAAAACAAGAUCCCGAAGAUCGUCGCUCAAACGAUUUAAAGCAAUACAAUCAAUUUGUGAGGGAAAUUCUAUCAGAACAAUCACAUGAAACGAUAAGAAAAACUCGGAAUAAAGCUGAAAGGUCAUCAAUAUCCUUAGGCAGCUCAUCCCUGAAGAAAGGUGCACCCGUACGCCGAGAACCUUGCAUAUACAAGGUCAUACCAUACGCAGGGAGCAGCGAAUUCGAAUCACCAACUCAAGUGGAGGCUAAGUUUGGUUCAGAUUCGACGACUGAAGCAAAAGCAAGUGAGACAAAAUUUGCCAGGAUAGAGAGGUCGGGGGUUUUAAAAGAGGUUUUUGUGGAGGUGGAUCACGAAGUAUCUGUGACCGAGGUGACCGGACCUAUCAUACAAAAUGACUUAGUUACUCGGACGGAGAAAAAUCGCAACAGUUCUCUAAAUAUUAAUAAAAGCCUCGAUGGGAGAGAGCAGGUACCAGUUGUUGCGGUGGAAACCGAUCGGUCAAACAUCAUGGACGAACGAAGUGUUUUGACAAGCGUGGAAGCAGUUAGUGCAAAUGCGUUGAACGAGACUUGUUUACCAGUGACAGCGGCUGUGCUGAGCGGGAACAGAAAACGUGUGAGUUUGCAACCGAGCUGUCGAGCAACCGAACAAAAUUUCACGGAACCGUAUAAACAAGAGACGCCAUUACAGACUGAUAUUUUCGAAGCUGGAGGUCAUUCCUUAGCUCAAGAUGAGUAUUCGAUAGUAAAAUCCAAUGAAAGAUCAGCAGUGCUUGUUCCUAUCCAACAGCAGGAGAGUUCAGCCGAUGUAUCAGAACAGCCAUUAGCUCUAUCAAACACGAGGACUAGUCGAACGUCUGGUUACUCUCUAGAUAUUAUAAGGAUAGAGGAGGGACCAACCGGGUCAUGUGAUUUCAACUCAAAUGAUGGGCUGAAAGAUGCAGCAUUAAGUCUCAGAAUAAUGGUGGCCUCUAUUCAACCUCAGGAGGCUCUGACACUGUUUUCAAAUACUGAGGAUGGCCAUUCAAGAUUCACACAUGAGCGACACUCAGACCCCAGUCUACCUGCCACAAGCAUAUCCAUCACAUACCCUUCGGUGUUCCAAACACCAGGGACCGAUCGAAGGAGUCAUAUAAAAUUAGACAAUGGACAGGAGUUGAAACAAAUAGUAUUGUUUCGAGCCGCUGAUUCAACUCCCCAACAAUUCCGAAUAAGCUUGCGCUCCAGCCUAAGUCACCCUUCCGAAGCGAAAGAUGAAGAUGAUGGGCAUGCUCGUACGAAAGAAGCUAAGGAGUACCAUGUUGGCCAGUUGAACUUUACGAAAUCGUUCGCAAACGAGGGCUCAACGAAUGGAAAAGGUUUAUGCACGACUCCGAUUGUAGCAACUGAUAAGGACGCUUCUAGUCGUGCAUCAAUUGAAAUAGCCCCAUCAAGCGAGAAUCUACGAAAGGUUAGCGAGGAUCUAUCCACUGGUUUGGUACUAUCUGCCAAUACCGCCAAACUCAGCAUAACGCAUUCGGAAGCGACAAUAUUAGACGUUUACAUAUACAAUAGACAACAACCACAACAAAAUACAAUUACGAUCGACCAGUUAAAACCACUACAAGAAGCUCAGUCGCAAAUGAUUCUAGACGUUCCUUUGCAUGUCGGGAUUUCAUGUAGCGAAAAACUGCAAUCUCAAAUGUAUUCUGCGCUAGAAUUUGCACUUUCUGAUGCAUGGCCUGGAAUUGAUUUGCAUCAGACGCCUAAUCCUCAAGAUGCUACAAACGAGGAAUUCAUUGUAACUGGAAUGAAACUGUCGGAAGCGCCCAUGUAUCGGCGGCUUUCUAAGGAAUCUCUAGUUGGAAUUCCUGAGCGCUCGUUACUAGAAACAUUAGACUUAUACUCACCUAUGAAUCUGCCCAUGAUGUAUGACGAGAUUAUACAAGAUAGCGUGCUCCCCACACAGAAAACCUAUUCUGCUUUAGAGUUUGCUCUUUCUGAGACCCGGGCAGGACUCGUGUUUGCUUCGUACCAGGAGUUAUAUCCUCAAAACUCUGCAAAAACCUUCUUACCAACAACAGAAUCACUACGGGUAAGACGUUUGUCGGAGGCUAGUCUGCAUGAACGAAUGUCCAAAGAAACAUUAGAGAGUAUUCCGGAACAAUCAGUGCCCAAGCAGUUGGGCUCCUCUUCACUCACCACGAUGCGUGUUGAUAUCUCAAAUGACGGAAUGUUGUCCCUCCAGAGGAAGCAUUCUGCUUUAGAAGUGGCACAUUCCAAGGCAUGGGCAGGAAUUACACCUCACACACAUCAUCCUUACAAAGACACACCGGGGGCUUUCUCCUUGACAAGAGGAAAGUUUCCGGAAGAUAAUCUAUCAGAGGCUUUUAUGCAUCAUUCAUUAUCAAAGGAUUCACUAGCUGAAAUUCCUGAGCAUCCGUUACACAAGCCAUCAGAUUCUCUUGCACCUGUGAGUUCUCCCACGCAUGGACCAUAUGACUAUGGCGGCAAAAUGCCUGAAGAUGAAAGAAUGGGUAUGGAUAUGGCCACAGUACCUAGCUCUGGUCAACAGAGUGACUUCAAACUUGUGCAGCAACAAAAGUUAUGGGUUGCUGACCAUGGGUUUGCACAGAAUGAAGAUGAAACUACGGAGAUCAAGGCCCGGUCGGACAAGGAACCAGCAAAGGAAUCUGAUGCCGUUGCAGCUCCUGCAGUGUCUAACCAGUGGGAUGAGCCCAUACGCAGCUGUCAUUGUCGCCAGCUCAUCUGCACAGCAUGUGGCUGUCGAUUUCACCGCAGUAAAUGUGGCUGCCUUAGAAGAUCUAAGCUGCACUGUGAUUCUAUUAAAGUGGAACAAGCGUGCAACACAGCAGCAUCUCAUUCUCAUAACCCCCCGAUGACUAAGCUGCCAUCCACAUGUCGGUUCGGUGAUCAGGUUCUUGUCGAACUUGGGUGCUGUCUUGAAAAAUUCGGGUCUAUUGAUCCCAGCAAAGACCACUGUGUGGAGGCUAAUUCGGGAAAACCGACGUCAUCAAUUCCGAUACAGAGACGGUUGGUUUGCUUGUGCAGACCACUACCAUGGUAUCAGUGGAUAAGAGAGCCUGUUGCAUUCCCUGAGCUUGUAUCAAGUCCAAUUCGAUCGGGUCGAAAAUGCAAGCGAACUUUCCGA